AUGUCAGAUACUUUAGAGAAAGUUCUCUUAGAUUCCCGAGGAUUGCCAAUAGCAGGUUUGCCUUUACUAGAAUCUCUCAAUAUGAAUCUUUGUAGUUUAUGCCUCAGGUCUUCCACAUUAAAGGGGGAGCAGGUUUCCACUAAAAGAGGCCAGAACAUUCUGCGUGAAUCUUUGGUUAUCUUGAAUUUCCAAUUUAAUGAGAUGGACUGGGAUAAUGAAAGGCCGUCCUGUAGUGCUGAGGGCCCUAUGAGUGACCUUGAAAAGCUGGAGAUCAGAGAUGAAGACUGUGUAUCCAAGAUCUUAAUUAGUGAAAUGAACCAUCCAAGCCUUGAGUCUAUCAAACUUCAUGACAUGAAGGAACUUGUGGAAGUGGAUUUGAGAAUGAUAGAGACAUUAAGUUAUGUUGAGAUUACAAAUUGUAAAAAACUGGGAAGUGUGUUAGGAAUACCCAAUCUUGUAAAUCUUGUAGAAAUUGAAAUUUCUGGUUGUGGAAAGCUCGAGUUUGAGUACUUGUGUUUCAGUAGUAUGAGGUGUCUGGAGAGGAUAAAAUUUGAUAGAAAUGUGAUGCUGAAAUGCUUUGUGCUGAACGAUUGUCAAAAUUUAAAAACAGCACAGUUUUGUUGUCAAAAGCUUGUAGAAUUAAGCAUCCGUGACUGUCCUGAGAUCGUGGAGAUCCCAGCUUUUGUAGGUCCAAGUUGCCUCAAGAGGAUUUUAAUUGAUAGAUGUGGAAAGUUAGAAUAUCUCCAAUUGAAUGGUUGUCAUAAUUUGAAGAGUGUGUCAGGUAACUUUGAGAUUAGACGGUUGUGUAUUAGUGAUUGUCCUGAGCUGGAGGAAUUGCCAGAUCUUGCCACACUCAUCAGUCUGUCUCUACAAAGAUGCAAAGAUUUGCAAAUUGUAGCAGGAAUCUGUGACCAUAUGGAGCUUAGAGAGCUAAUUAUUAGCGACUGUCCAGAGCUUGAGGAGUUGCCAAAUCUUUUCAGACUGAGCUACUUGGAGAGAAUUGUCAUCGACUCCUGUGAGAAUCUACAUAGCAUAUCAGGCAUUGAAGACCUCCAUCUACCAAAAUAUAUGAAACUUUGUUACUGCAGCAAUGCAGUAAUACGGAAUUGCAUUCAUAAGUUGAAGGGUGUCCCAUCGGAGGUAAUGUAUAUGCUUGGAAAACCAGUGGACGGAGCAGAGUCCUCUUUAAAUGAAUAUCUGUUUUCUGAUGCUAACAUUGGCGUCGAUGGAGUGAUUGAAAGUGGUGCUUGUCCAAACUGGUUAGAAUUGAGUUUCGUUAUUGGAUGCUUUGUUGUUGUGGUUGAUAGCCAUACUUCAGUAGAGGAUAUAAAUGCAUCACUUGAUCCCAACUAUGGGCUUAAGGUGCGUGAAGGAGAAUGGAUAAUUACAAUGGUAGCAUCUGCUAAUUUGACCUGUUAUUGUUGUCAUUAUAUGGAAAUUUCAAAUGCGCUGAGGAGGCAUGGAAUAAUGAAGAAGGGGUUUCGGUUGGAGGUGAAGAAAGGUGAAGAGGGGAAAAGUUUGAGUGUGCUACAUACAAUUGUUGAUACUUUAUAUUUAUGA